AUGGAAAUGGAAGGAGUAAAGAGUAUCAGAAUCGUAAAGCAUGGUGAGAACAAGAAUGAUAACAGGAGAAUAUUAAGUAGAAACAUAGCAAUUUAUUUCCUGAAUGUUUUUGGAGUAAUCUGUUCAGUAUUAUGUAUGACAAAAUCAUUAUAUAAUGAAAAGGCAGUUAAGGUAUUCAACAAGGCCACAUUGUAUCCAUUAGAUUAUUUAUCAUUCAACGGUACAACAUUAUCAAUACUCACAUUCAUAUUGAUCAGUAUAUUGUUAAUGAUUCAGUCAUUAGGGCACGAACAAAACAGAAUCAAGAGCAUCGCUCGUUAUAUGUUGAAUUACACCAUUUGCUAUAACAUUGUGAUAAUCCUGGUUUAUUGGAGCAUUAGGUUGCCAAAACCCGAAUUGAUCAUUUCACCAGCUCAAAGAAGAAUCAGAAAACCACACGAAAUUCUACUUGAAAUCUACACACAUGGAUGCAAUCUGAUUAUUUGUGUAGUAGAUUUGUUGGCAAUUAGAAAAUAUGGUGGCAAAACAGAACAUAAGAGAAUGAUCUAUAUCGUAGCAACACAUGCCGUGCUCUACACCACCCUUUUUAUGGUAGGCUGGUUUAGGUUCCACUUCUAUCCCUACAGAUUUAUGUACAAACUCAACUUCAUACUCAAUUUUACGGGCUGCUAUGGCUUCUUUGCGCUGAUAUUUCUGAUAUGGAUCAUAAGCAGCCCGUUACUCCGUCAUAAGACUGAUUUAAUAUGCAUCAAUUGA